UUCCUUCCGGAUUCUUGGGUCCGGUAUGAGUUCAUUGAGUACCUCGGUAUCUUCGAUGUAGUCAUAGUGUUUGGCAUGUCUAUCCGGAUGGUACACGGUCGUAGCAAUUAUGAAGACGACUAUAACUAUGAUUAAUUGCUUUAACAUUGCUUUUAUAACGAAAGUAAAUUCAAUUUUGACAGUUUAGUGUGAAUGUAUGCAAUCGUUUGGUGGGAUUGACGUGGAGGUUACCAAAACAUGCGCAUUGUAACCUUACGUGGCAAAGCCCUGAAAGCUGACGACCAGUGAUGAGUUUUAUUUCUGUUUAUUUAUUAAAUUAAAUCAUAGUUACUUAAGUUUAUAAGUAAACAUGAAUCCACAGUACAUGCAAUAUGCGGGUGGAGCUCAACAGCCUCCUCCGCAAGGCAUGAACAGAUUGCCACCAUCACAGUCUCCGGGUGGUUUCCAGAAUGUGCCACUUGGCCCACCAAAGCCAGGAGCACCAUUCCCACCAUCUCAAUUUGGACAAUCGCAAAGUCCAUCUCUACUUGGACAGCAGAACAUUCGUCCACCAGCAAGUCAAUUACCACCCAGUCAACUUCCACCAAGUCAGAGGCCACCAGGUGGUGAUGGAAUGCUGUCCAUGCAAAAUGGAGCUGAUAUUGUGACUAGCUCAUUGUCCACUAAUCCAUCUCCAUCAAUACAAUCACUCAAUGAACCUGCAGUUCCAUCACAAAACAUUCCAACCAUUGGAAACCAAAUGCCUCCAACAAACGCUCCACAGGCAGGAAGGCAGUUUCCACCAAUGCAGCACCCGUUGCCGAGUCAAUCGCCGAUGGGUGGACAGCAAGGGAUGAUGCCCAAACCUCCAUCAACUAUGCCUAUUUCUUCGAGCAUGACAAACCACACGAUGCCGGAACAACCAGUUUCAUCGGCGCCAACUUCGAUGCCCGGUAUGCCGCCAAUGCGUCUACCAACACCGGGUCAAGGUGCUAUGCCUCAGAGGAGUAUGCCGGCACCGUUCAUGGGAAAUCAACCAUCAGGACAGGUAUUUAGUCAACCACCGAUGCCUGGGCAACCUCCGAUGUCUGCACCGCAAACUAUGCCUGGAUUGCAAUCGAAACCGCCGAUGCCUGGACAACCACAACCUAUGGUUGGACAACCGCCGAUGGUUGGACCACAAUCUUUGAAUCAACCGCCCAUGCCUGGUCCAGGUCAACCACCAAUGUCCAAUCCUCAAGCGAUGCCUGGACAACCUCCGAUGUCCACUCCACAAUCGAUGCCUCCGAUGUCUGGUAUGCAGCCAAAGCCAGGACAACCUAUGUCUAUACUACAAUCGAUGCAAGGACAACCACCAAUGACAAACCCACCAUCGAUGAUGAGACAACCGCCUAUGUCUAUGCCAGGACAACCACCCAUGUCUGGUCCACCAUCAAUGAUAGGUCAACCACCUAUGCCUGGCUCGCAACCGAUGCCUCCGAUGCCCGGUCUACAAUCAAAACCCGAUCUACCACCGAUGUCCGGGCCUCAACCGAUGCCAGGUCAACCACCAAUGUCCUCCCCACAAUCAAUGCUAGGACAACCACCAAUUUCUAACCCACAAUCAAUGCUAGGACAACCACCAAUGUCUACUCCACAAUCAAUGCUAGGACAACCACCGAUGUCCACCCCACAAUCGUUGCCAGGACAGCCUCCAAUGCAAGCAGGAGGACAGUGGCCGAUGUCCAGGCAACCACCCAAAAUGAAUCAACCACCGAUGCCAGGACAACCGGCUUUAAUCGGACAACCACCGAUGCCAGGACAACCGGCUUUAAUCGGACAACCACCGAUGCCAGGACAACCGCAGUUAAUUGGACAGCAACCACCAAUGCCAGGACAACCUCCAAUGAAAACACCUUGGAAUCCACCCAAUAACUCACCGUACGGAUCUAAACCAAUGCAAAGCAUGCCUCCUGGUCCUGUAAAACCACCGAUGCCAGGACAACCCUUCAAUUCGGCGAUGCCUCCGCAAAAUCAAUUCAAUCAACCCCCUAUGCCGAACCAGUAUGGAGCACCACCGAUGCCCGGUCAAUAUCCGAAUCCCUUAACCAAUCAGAUGCAAAACAUGAGCUUAUCAGGUCCAUACAACAACAAAGCUAUGAACGGAGACAACGGACCUCAUAUGCCUCCACCGCUGGGAAAUCAACAGCAGAACUACAUGAAUGGCCCACAGCAAAAGCAAGGAUACCCACCAAUGCAACCACCGAUGGGCGUUGGCCAACCGCCCAUGCCUGGACAAUACCCAGCGCAAGGAGGAUAUCAACAACAGCAGCAACAACAACAAAGGAGAUUGGACCCUGACCAGAUGCCAAGUCCGAUACAAGUUCUUCAAGAUGAUCAAACCAAUCGAUCCGGUAUAUUCUACGUAAAUCAGAAGGGUUUAGUGCCUCCACUGGUAUCUACCAAAUUCGUUGCGCAAGAUCAAGGAUUCGCAAGUCCUCGUUUCAUCCGUUCGACUAUGUACCAUGUUCCAGUCAGCAAUGACUUGAUGAAACAAACGUCGGUACCAUUUGGUCUUGUCAUUAGUCCGAUGGCAAGAACUAUGGAAGGUGAAUACAUGCCUCCAGUUGUUAACUUCGGUGAGCUCGGACCGGUAAGAUGCAUCAGAUGCAAAGCUUACAUGUGUCCCUUCAUGCAAUUCAUCGACUCCGGCAGGAGAUUCCAGUGCCUCUUCUGCAAGGCUGCCACCGAUGUUCCUGACGAAUAUUUCCAACAUUUAGAUCACACCGGUCAACGCAUGGACAGAUACGAGCGUCCGGAAUUGGUAUUGGGAACGUACGAAUUCACUGCCACUAAAGAUUACUGUAGAAACAACAAGAUUCCAAAACCACCUGCGAUUAUUUUCGUAAUCGAUGUAUCUUAUAACAAUAUCAAAUCGGGAAUGAUCCAUUUGCUGUGCUCUCAAAUGAAGGAGAUCAUCAAAAACUUGCCCGUUGAUGCGAACCAGGAAAAGAGUAACAUGCGCGUCGGUUUUAUUACCUACAACAGUUCAGUUCAUUUCUAUAACAUUAAAGGUAAUUUAGCUGCUCCGCAAAUGUUGGUGGUUGGAGAUACCCAAGAGAUGUUCAUGCCUUUGCUCGAUGGAUUUUUGUGCACUCCGGAGGAAUCUGAAACUGUAAUCGACGCUCUCAUGGAGCAAAUUCCUGCAAUGUUCGCCGAAACGCGCGAAUGCGAAACCAUUCUCAUGCCGGCUAUUGUAGCUGGUCUUGAAGCUCUGAAGGCUUCUGAAUGCGCCGGUAAAUUGCUCGUGUUCCAUUCGACGUUGCCAUCCGCUGAAGCUCCCGGUAAACUGAAGAACAGGGAUGACAGAAAAUUGCUUGGAACAGACAAGGAGCGCACGAUUUUGCAGCCGCAAAAUCAAGUAUACAACCAAUUGGGGCAGGAUUGCGUGGGUUCUGGUUGUUCCGUAGAUUUGUUCCUCUUCAACAACGCUUAUGUGGAUGUGGCUACCAUCGGUCAAGUGGCGCGUUUAACAGGAGGCGAAGUCUAUAAAUACACUUACUUCCAAGCGGAUUUGGAUGGAGAGCGUUUAGUCAAUGACAUCAUUACCAAUAUCAGCAGACCCAUUGCUUUCGAUGCUAUUAUGAGAGUGAGGACGUCGACAGGAGUGCGCCCAACUGAUUUCUACGGACAUCUCUUCAUGUCGAACACGACGGAUAUGGAGUUGGCUUCCAUAGAUUGUGAUAAGGGUAUAGCCAUUGAAAUCAAGCACGAUGACAAGUUGCAGGAAGAGGAAGGCAUUUACAUCCAAAUUGCUUUGCUGUACACUUCCGUUUCUGGUGAACGUAGAUUGCGUAUUAUCAAUCAAGCACUGAAAACUUGCUCGCAGAUGGCAGAUUUGUACAGGAGUUGCGAUCUGGAAACGAUAGUCACUUUCUUAGCCAAACAGGCUACCUACAAACUGCUGGAUAAUAACCCGAAGGCGGUGAAAGACAACAUCGUUCAAAGAGCUGCUCAGAUGUUAGCCAGCUAUAGAAAGAACUGCGCGAGUCCCAGCAACGCCGGACAACUGAUUCUGCCCGAAUGCAUGAAACUUUUGCCGCUCUACGUAAACUGUUUAUUGAAGAGCGAUGCAAUUUCUGGAGGCGCUGAUAUGACUGUAGACGAUAGAUCUUUUGUGAUGCAAGCAGUUAUGACUAUGGACGUUCCAAACGCCAUUUCCUAUUUCUAUCCACGUUUGAUUCCUCUGCACGACAUUAAACCCACUGGAGAUGACAACGUCGAAAUCCCGGAACCGAUCAGGUGCACAGUCGAAAAAGUAUCAGAUCAAGGAGUCUACAUACUAGAAAAUGGAAUAUACAUGUUCCUUUGGAUUGGUUUAGGCGCAAACCAAGAGUUCAUUCAGCAAGUAUUUGGUGCCCCAUCUGCCGUACAAAUUAACAUCGAUCGCAUUAAAUUACCCGAAUUGAACAAUCCAAUGUCCGAAGCUGUUAGAUCUGUGAUCGAUCAAAUUAGAAUCCAGAGACAUAGAUACAUGAGGUUAACUUUGGUGAGGCAGAAGGAGAAGUUGGAGAGCGUCUUCAAGCAUUUCCUUGUAGAAGAUCGUGGCCUUGACGGCUCCUCCGGCUACGUCGACUUCCUGUGUCACAUGCACAAAGAAAUUAGAUCGUUGUUGAGCUAGCGAAGCGGCUGAUCCAUAUCUACGAAUAAGCAGAUUUCAUUUUACUCAUUUUAUUUUUUUAUUGGGGUGUAUGUAUGCGAGAGAUUACAGUGGAUUAAGAAGAAUAGUUUAAGAUUAUUAUGUAAAUAUAUAUACGCUACCCAAAAGAAAAAAAA